AUGCUGUCGGAAUCAACAGCAGGGUUAGGGUUCGACGAUCUCGCCGCACAGGCUGCCGGCCGUCAGGCGGCGAGGACGCGAAAGCUGGCAAGCGCGACCUCAAAAGAGAACACCGGGACGGACCUAUUUCGCAUGAAAAAGUUCCACCACGUGGAGUUCUACUGCGGGGACGCCACCGCCGCGGCCAGCCGUUUCGUGUGGGGCCUGGGCAUGAAGCUCGUCGCCAAGUCCGAUCAGAGCACAGGGAACGCCCAGCACGCUAGCUACGUGGUACAGAGCAACGACCUCCGCUUUGUCUGCACCGCACCCUACUCCCUGGCCACGACGCCAACAACAGAGGGGGGAGCAGGAGACCGACGAGACCCCUCUUCGCGUGUCGUUGAUGUCGGCGAGUCCGGUGGUUCACCGCUGCCGGGCUUCGAUCCCGCAGCGGCUCACGAGUUUUUCCGGCGGCACGGGCUCGCUGGACGGGCGAUCGGGAUAGAGGUCGAGGACGCGGCCCACGCUUACGAGCAGUGCAUCGAGCACUGCGGCAGCGACGGCUCUAACGCUAGCGUCCGUCGGCCAACGCGCGUUACCGACGUCGACGGGCGGGGUAGGGCGACGAUAUCCGAAGUCAGAGCGUAUGGAGACGUCGUGCUGAGGUUCAUCAGCUUCGAACCGGAAUCGAAAAUGGUCGGGGAGGGAGACAUAGGCGGCGCCAAAGGUGGUGGUGAUGGUGGCAGGUUCGAGGGGGCCUUCUUGCCGAACUUCGUGGAUAUCGAGGGCGAGGAGGCGCGGGAGGAUUUCGGGCUGCAGCGGGCGGAUCAUGUCGUGGGGAAUGUGUGGGACAUGCUGGAACAGGGGGAGUACAUGACCAGCAUGACAGGGAUGCACGAAUUCGCCGAGUUCGCAGCUGCCGAUGUCGGCACGGUGGACAGCGGCCUGAACAGCAUUGUCUUGGCCAGCAACAACGAAAUGGUGCUGCUUCCCCUCAACGAGCCGACCUUCGGCACCGCAAAGAAGAGCCAGAUCCAAACCUUUCUGGAGCAGAAUGAUGGCCCCGGUCUUCAGCACAUUGCGCUCAAGACGAACGAUAUCUUCCGUACGAUGAGGCUCAUGAGGGCGAACUCGGGCCUCGGGGGCUUCGAGUUCAUGGAACCGCCGGGAGCGUCUUACUACCGGGAUGUUCCGCGAAGAAUACCGUCCCUCACGGAAGACCAACUGCGGCAGCUCGAGGAGCUCGGCCUCUUAGCCGACAAGGACGAAGACGACGGGGUGCUCCUCCAGGUGUUCACGAAGCCCGUGGGCGAUCGACCCACCCUCUUCUUCGAGAUCAUCCAGCGCAUCGGUUGCGCGUUCGAAGCCACGGACGGCGACAAUGAGGGGGACCGGGGGGUCUUCGGUCCUGCAGACGAAGAUGAGCGCGGGGUGCGCGUUUCUUCUAGGGUCGAGGAGGGAGAGCUGUUGCAGAGAGGGGGGUGCGGAGGCUUCGGACUCGGGAACUUCAAGGCUCUCUUCGAGUCGAUCGAGAAGUACGAGAGCACCCUCGCCAUCGGCGUGGAUGCGUGACUGGUGACUUGUGUUUGUUUUUGGAAAUAUGCUUUACUGAAGAGCUUGUUGUGGUGUAAAGGUGGCCAGUUCAGCGUUCGGUCUGCGGGAAAACGUCACACUGGCAACUGCUGUGUGCGGUGUUGAAAGCCAGGUAUUGGAAUCAGACAGACACAGGGGGUAGGGGUACAUAGGUGUCGUCUUAUUUCUUCCUGGAAUGGAACCAACGGCAUGAACGUAGAGGUCUGUCUGUAGGCCAGACAGGUGCAGUAGUAUUUGGGUGUCGAUAGACGAUAGAAAGAUGAGCAGAACUUAGAGGUGCAUGGUGGAACUCUCUGGUGGUGCGUAUACAGAUGGCGGUCGGUGGUUAUUAGCCUACCGAGUACAUCAACACACAG